AAACGGAGCCUAUCAUCAGUCAGUCAGUGAAGGAUUCUUCGCGGAAGAAAAGAAAGCAACAAAAGUUUUCUACAAAUCAAAAAAUCAUUCUUUUUUAGUGUUUAAAAUAAAGAAAACUUCGCUAUCAAGUUCCGGGAGAAGUGAAAUUUCAAUCGCCCAUGCGAAAGAACGAUAAAAUGUGCUAGAAAGUACCCGUGGUGCGAAGACAAGGUGACAUCGCAAAAAGCUCAACCGAGGUAAACACUUAUUUUCAGCGUCAUCCAAGGAGAAACCUGAUCCGCCGUCGUCGUCGACGUCGUCUGUAGGGCCAGUCCGAUUCCGUGUCCCAAAUAAAAUGUCGAUCAUGGACAGAAUCAGACAAUCGUACUGGGUCGAGAAUGUCCCCAGGAGAAACAUUGUGGCGACGCUGAUCGCAUCCUUUCUGUUCUUCUCCGGCUGGUGGAUUGCAAUCGAUACGGCCGCGGUGCAUCCCAAAUCGUGGGAUUUCUCCUACUACAUCUGCGGUAUCCUAGCCACGAUCAGCUUCUUCAUGGUCAAUUCCAUCUCCAAUGAAAUGCUUCACGGCGGUGCUGGCUACACCGGAGGCGUGCUCGGAGAGAGCGGAAUCAAGGUCUUCCUGUUUGUGGGCUUUGUGCUGGGUUUCGCAUCGAUCAUUGCUGCCAUUUGGAUCAUGAUUGCCGAGUUUGCCGUCAACGAUGACAAAACGGAAAAGGGCCCGGGCUACGCCCUGCUCGUUCACAAUAUCUUCAUUUUCUUCUCGUCGAUAAUCUACAAGUUCGGGCGCCACAGUGACGAUCCUUAUGCGGCUGGUAUUUUCUAAGAAGUUUUCGCAGAUUGAUUCGAUAUAUUUGAAUUCAUGUCAGCUUUGUUAGUUUUCGUAUUUCGUGAAGCGAGAUUGAGUUCCAUCUAAAAAGUACUUCGUAUGUAGACGUAAUUAUAGUGGGCUUUAUUGUGAGAAAACUUUAGGUUGGCUGUUCUCAUUGGUAAGUGAUAUCUCAUUUUCUUUUUUUUUCCGUCGAAUCAAUGAUUAUUUUUAUUAUUAUUUUAAUAACGCAAAUCGAUAUACAUCAAAUCUACACAUCCACAGCGAAAAAGUAAAAACUAAUUCUGAGACGAACAAAGGAAAUGUACUGUAAUUAAAACAUUCAAUUCUUCUUUUUGGAAUAUGUAUGAACUAUUCAUACUCAUACACUAUCGAAAUAAAGAUACACAUAUAGGAAACCAUA